AUGAUUACGUCGCACGUGCCUCGUAAAAACAAAAAUGUCAUAUUGGUAUCUAGUAUGCAUAAUCAAGGCGUUAUAGAUACAGAUUCUGGUGACCAAAAUAAACCCGAGAUUAUUACCUUUUACAACUCUACAAAAGGCGGAGUAGAUGUUGUUGACGAACUGAAGGGAGAAUAUUCUGUUUCUAGAGUAAGCUGUAGAUGGCCAUUGACAAUAUUGUUCUCUCUAAUGAAUAUUGCGGGAAUCAAUAGCCAAAUAAUUUAUCGGGAAAAUACUGGCAAUGUUAUUACUUGUCGAAAUUAUCUUAGAAGUUUGGGUCGAGAACUUGCUAAAGAAAUUAUGAUCAACCGACUUGCUAUACCAACAUUGAGUAUUCAACUUCGAAGUACAAUUAUGAAGAUAACAGGAAUAAAAAAACAGCCUACACAGCCUGAACAGCAUGGAUCAGUGAAAGAAAGAUUGAAAUGUGCAUAUUGUCCAAAAAAUAAAAAUCGAAAAACAAUGGUAUGCUGUGAGCUAUGCAAUAACCGUAUUUGUAAAGAGCAUACAAGUACUAUUUGCAAAUCAUGUCAAACGGGAUCAGAAGAAAAAUCCGAUUCAGACUAA